AUGUACAGAGAAUAUAUAGUGACUGCAAAGCCAGCCUCAGAUGAGUCUGUUGAAGCUAAUGCCGCCUACAAAAGCAGCCCACUAAUUGAUCAACCCAUGUAUUUCUUCCUUAAUAACCUUGCACUCUCAGAUCUGUGUUAUACCUCAACAGUGACACCUAAGCUAGUCACCGACUUGCUGGCAGAAAGUAACAUGAUUUCUUAUACAAGCUGUAUGGCACAGCUUUUUGUCAUGCAUUUCUUUGGGGGGAUUGAAAUCCUUAUCCUUACAGGGAUGGCCUAUGACCGCUAUGUGGCCAUCUGCAAGCCCCUGCGCUAUACCAUCAUCAUGAACAGGCAGAUGUGCUGUACCAUAGUCAUUGCUAGCUGUACUGGGGCAUUUCUGCAUUCUUUUUUCCAGUGUCUCCUUACCAUCAAUUUACCUUUCUGUGGCCCCAAUGAAAUAGAUCACUACUUCUGUGAUGUGUAUCCUUUGCUGAAACUGGCCUGCACCGACACCUACAGAGUCGGGAUCCUAGUGGUUGCCAAUUCAGGCAUGAUGGGCUUGGUGACCUUCGUGGUCUUGGUGCUAUCUUACUUAUUGAUAUUAUACACCAUCAGGGCUUACCCUGCAGAGAGCCGCACCAAAGCUCUGUCCACCUGUAGUUCCCACAUCACAGUUGUUGUUCUGUUCUUUGUGCCCGUUCUCUUCAUUUACAUUAGACCAGCCAAAACUUUCCCAGAAGAUAAGGUGUUUGCUCUCUUCUACACCAUCAUUGCCCCCAUGUUCAACCCUCUGAUUUACACAUUCAGAAACAUGGAGAUGAAGAAUGCCUUGAGGAAAGUGUGGUGCCAGAAACUAUGUUUCAUUGGAAGGCAAAUCAUCUGA